AUGAUCGAGAUGCUCACCUUCGUCUUCUCACUUCUCCGCUAUCCCGUCACAAUGGUGGGGUUGAUCGCCCUCAUCGUCUACCUCCUCUACCAUCCCGUCACAGUGGUGCAGGAGUGCCAUGUCUGCCAUCCCGUCACAAUAGUGAAUAUGUUCCUCGACCACCUCGCCGGUUUGCCUGUCUUCGUCUGGGCCCCUCUCAGCCCAAUCGUCGGAGGCCUGCUGCGUGGGCUCUGGGUCCACAGAGUUCACGUCGUAUGCAUGCUGCACCGGCUGUGGCUCGACGAAGUCCGCUCUUCUGCUGAGAAGAGUGGUGAACCGAAGCAGGAAGACUUCCCCCCUGUUGAGCCUGUAGUCGAUACCCGUCCUGUGAUGCCUAUGACUUCCCGUACGCGCGAACAUAACGCUAUGAUUGUCCAGUGCAUGAGAUUCCAGUACUCCGGAGAGAUCAAGCAUCUAGAGCGGUCCGUGAAGGAGCAUUUGCAGGAAGCCGAAGACCUUAGAAGGCAACUCAGAAGUACAAGCCGAGAACUCGGAAGCAGAAUCCGAGAGCUGAUUUACACCCGGAGCAAGGUCAGCGAUAUGGAAGAGAAGGUUGGCGAUAUGGAGGAGAAGCUCAUAUUUGCCGAAGCCAAUCUUACUACCGUGGUGCUUGAAUCAGACCACUCGGAUCUCGCUUCUAUUGUCUAUCGGAACCGCGAACUCCACGACGAAAUCGACCAGGUGAAAGGGCAGCUGCAUAGUGAGAAAGAGAAACACCAGCACGAGGUGAACUCCCUCACUCAACUUGCUGAGCAAAAGCAUCAGGAAGCACUGGCUGGCUUGAAGAACGAGUACGAACAGAAACUCGCAGGAUUUGUUGAGCAAGCUCGGGUUGAAACUCUGAUCACCAUCUUUGCUGACUGUCAAGCGGUCCUGGCGAAAAAGAUCAAACUUGGACAUACUCAAACCUGCAGUUCCGAGAACCAGUGCUUUGAAAGCCAGGUUGAUCAGUUUCGGGAACAAGUUCGACAGGACACCUUCGCAGAAUGUCAAGCACUGCUAGAGGAAGAGUGGAAUCGAGUUAGGUCACAAACUCGAGAGGCCACCCAAGCAGAAUGCGAAGCGAUCAUCGUUGAACAUGUCAACCAGGGGCGUAUCAAGAUAUGCGAUGCUGAAGUCUAUGCCAAGGUCGCCCAUCGUUGUCCCAACAUGGCUCCACCAGUGAAAGAUCUGUCCUUUGAUCUGAAUCACAUGGAGAAUGCCUACGAUCAGAUACGAGAGGAGAAAGUCUCGAUUGAGCAGAAGCUGGAACAACAGAAUGCUGAGCUCACCACUGCCCAGGCGGCUAUCGAAUGGCUGAAGCUGGAAGUGCAGAAGUCUGACGCCAGCCAAGCUGUCCUCACCCAAGAGCGACAGAAUGCCGAAAAGCAACGCCAGGCAGCGGCGGCAAUCGAGAUUGCCCUGUUCGAAGCCCAGCAGGAGAACGGACAACUCAAGCAAGAGCUUGCUCGGGUUGAGACUGAGAACCGCCAGGUGACUGCGACAAGCGAGACGACGAAAGCUCAUGCUCAGCAUGCUCAGCGGGAGACCGAAAGGCUCAAACAAGAGCUUGCUUGGGUUGACACUGAGCAUCGUCAGCUGGCUGCGGCAAGUGACGCCAAAAAUGCUCAUCUUCAAGAUCAGGUUGAUUUGGCCGUGACUCUGGUCACUGGGGUUUGUCGCGAACUUGAGACCGAGCAGGGCGCGUCGUUCGAUCCCAUGUCUGGUCUCAAUCUGGCCGAUCGGCUCAAGGGCUUGCUUUCGGCUCAAAAGCAGAAGCAUGAGGAAGAGCUGCAGAGCUCCAACGAUAACUACAACCUUGCAAGUAAUACCGCUCAGGCUCAGAUGAAUUGA